AUGAACUACCUGCAUCCCGGCUUCAAUCUCGCAUCGCUUCCGAACCCGAACCUCAUGAUGGGCGCGAUGCAGAGCAUUGCCGCGCGUCCGCCGCCCCGCGCACCGGACGAGCCCAAGCUCCAGGUGCUCAAGGAGGUGGCGGUCGCCAAGCACAGCCAGCGCAACGUGCUCUCGUUCCAGGUCAAAGCUGGAGCAGGCGUGCUCUACUCGAUCAUGCAGCCAACAACCAUUGCGUACGAAGCGCCGGACGUGACAUGGGUCAAGCUUCUCGAGGCCGUCGCCUUGAUCCCAUCCGGUCGGCCGCACGAGAUCCUCCAGCUGCUCCAUGAAGCGCACCGCCUCCUGCCGCUCGGCGACUUUCGCAUCCUCUUUGCACGCGACUUUCGCGACGAGCUUGCGUCGGCCGCCAGUGUCUCAUCGGCGCGCGAUGGCAUCGUCCUCAAGAACAAGGUCAACGUCUUCCUCCGCGCGUUCAUGGCCGACCCCAUCCAUGGCUACACGCUGGCCAAGCAACACGUCCACGACGACCUCUACGUCGACGACCCCGUCUCGACGCCGGUCGGUCCCGGGCUCGUGCGUGGGUACCGCUCCAACGAUGGCUUCUUCGUCGUCCUCUUCCCAUUCGGGCAUGCCUACAUCCACGAAGGCAGCCUGCGCCGCGUCCCGUCGCGACUCCUGAACGACUUGCUUGCGCAGCGGCGAGGCGACGCUGUCGUCCCGCGACCACUGAAACGGCGCAAAGAAGGACUCUGA